UACGUUAAUUUUUUACGACUCGAAGCACGCUUAGCUUUUCUGCUGGACGUGGAGUUACUAUUUUAACAAGAAAAAAAUCUGUUUAAGUUUUGAUAGUUGCAUAUAGUGAAUGAACUCGAUAGAUGUUAUUGCUUAAACUCUGUAUUUUGAUAGAAAGUCGACAGCUUGGUGUUGAUAUCCACUUUUCUCCGGGUAUGAUAAGUAACGACGGCUAGCGACAGCAGUUCUAACCUUCUUCGGACUAGCCUCUCCGCCACUCACAAAAGAACUUUUAGUCCAGUAGUUUGUUUUUUUACCAGAAACAAUGCCAAUUCAACUCACAAGCCAAGCGUAUUGUAAAAUGCUCCUACACGCUGCGAAAUAUCCCAACUGCGCCGUGAAUGGGUUGCUGGUGGCAGAAAAAACCAAGGACAGGAAGAAAGACAGUGAGCCGGUCCUGUGCGUGGACUGUCUGCCUCUGUUCCACGGCACUCUGGCUCUGGCUCCAAUGCUAGAAGUAGCCUUAACUCUGAUUGACACUUGGUGCAAAGAAAAUAACUAUAUAAUUGCUGGAUAUUAUCAAGCCAACGAACGCAAAAAGGAUUCAAGACCCAAUCAAGUUGCGGAAAAAGUGGCGGCCAGAAUUUCUGAGAACUUCAGUGAUGCAGCCAUUGUUAUGAUAGACAACAGCAGGUUAACAAUGAGCUGCUUUGAACCAAUUGUGAUCAUUUAUGAUCAUCAUGAAAACAAGUGGAAAAGCAGAGAUGUCACCUUGGAUUCUUUUGAGGACUGGAGUGAAGCGCAGAAGAUCACAUCUGCUCUGCUUGAGGGCAGGUCCUACGAAAACCUGAUUGACUUUGACAAUCACUUGGAUGAUCUAAGGAACGACUGGACUAACCCUAUGAUUAACAAAUCUGUGCUGGACCUGUGCUAGACCUCAAGUCUUUCUCCCAUGAGCACAGAGUAAAACUGCUUCCUGUUGAGCAGUUUCCAUCCAAAGUCUCAGGCACUGAAGGAAGCACUGAUGAGUCGGCCCAGAGCCUCUGAAAUGCAGGUUCCUCGUGAGAACCGUUUGCCUGUGGUCACCUUUAGAAGGUGAUCUUGAGAUCAUAACGGAGGUCACCUUAUGAAUGAUUUAUUUUUCUUCUAAUGUUUUUUUUUUUUUACUAGAUUAAAAUAUAUAAAUUCUAUACCAUUUGAUUGUCUUAAAUCCCUAAUGAGUAGCCAUACAGUCUGGUGUUUCUAAAUUAUUUGAAUAAUAUUAGUUAUUGUGUGAAUUAUCUUCGAGAAGAUGUUAAGCCCCUGAAAAAAGUCAUUUUAGGAUGAAGCAAAAAUUGCAUGAAGUAAUGAAGUUUGAAUAGAGGUUCAUUUGUUAAAAUGUCUCAACAGUAAUGUUUUCUAUCAGACGAGUAAAUGUAGUAAAACAAAAUCAUGUGUACUUUUUUACAGAACUGAUAAUAAAAGUAGGCUUUGGAUUUUCUAAAACAUCUUUUGUAUUUACAGUUGGAGCAAAGCAGAGAUUAAACAUUUGACUGUAAAAUCUGUUUUACAUUAAAGAACUGAAUGUAAAAUGAAAGUUACUUGAAAGAAAA